AUUAACAGUUAGAAGUUGAUGGCAGUUUCAAUAACAAGUCAGCACUGAGGAAAGGAUAACAUUGUAAUAUGCAGAAGUCUACAAAUUCUGAUACCUCUGUGGAAACACUGAAUCCCACCCGCCAAGGCACUGGAGCUGUGCAAAUGAGAAUCAAAAAUGCCAACAGCCACCACGGCAGGCUGAGCCAAAGUAAAUCCAUGAUCCUCACCGAUGUUGGGAAGGUCACUGAACCUGUAUCCCGGCACAGAAGGAAUCAUUCACAGCAUGUCUUGAAAGAUGUCAUUCCUCCACUGGAACAAUUGAUGGUUGAAAAAGAAGGUUAUCUUCAAAAAGCUAAAAUUGCAGAUGGAGGAAAGAAACUAAGGAAAAACUGGUCUACUUCCUGGAUUGUUCUUUCUAGUCGAAAAAUUGAAUUUUACAAAGAAUCCAAGCAGCAGGCUCUGUCUAAUAUGAAAACUGGGCACAAACCAGAAAGUGUGGAUUUGUGUGGGGCAUAUAUUGAAUGGGCCAAAGAAAAAUCAAGCAGAAAGAAUGUCUUUCAGAUCACAACAGUAUCAGGAAAUGAGUUCCUUCUGCAGUCAGAUAUUGACUUCAUCAUAUUGGAUUGGUUCAACGCUAUCAAAAAUGCAAUUGACAGAUUGCCAAAGGAUCCAAGUAGUCCUUCAAGAAACCUGGAAUUAUUUAAAAUUCAGAGAUCCUCCAGUACUGAACUACUAAGUCAAUAUGAUAGUGAUAUUAAAGAACAGAAACCAGAGAACAGGAAAUCUUUAAUGUUCAGACUGCAUCACAGUGCUUCUGAUACAAGUGACAAAAACCGAGUUAAAAGCAGAUUAAAGAAGUUUAUUACCCGAAGACCUUCCCUGAAAACUCUGCAAGAAAAAGGACUUAUUAAAGAUCAAAUUUUUGGCUCUCAUCUGCACACAGUGUGUGAACGUGAAAAUUCCACAGUUCCGCGGUUUGUAAAGCAGUGCAUUGAAGCUGUCGAAAAAAGAGGUCUAGAUGUUGAUGGAAUAUAUCGAGUUAGUGGCAAUCUAGCAACAAUACAGAAGUUAAGAUUUAUUGUCAACCAAGAAGAGGAGCUGAAUUUGGACGACAGCCAGUGGGAGGACAUCCACGUUGUCACCGGAGCACUGAAGAUGUUUUUCCGGGAGCUGCCAGAGCCACUCUUCCCUUACAGCUUCUUUGAGCGGUUUGUGGAGGCGAUCAAAAAGCAAGACAAUAACACAAGAAUUGAAGCUAUAAAGUCUCUUGUACAAAAACUCCCUCCACCAAAUCGUGACACCAUGAAAGUCCUCUUUGGACACCUAACUAAGAUAGUGGCCAAAGCAUCCAAGAACCUCAUGUCCACACAAAGCCUAGGGAUUGUAUUUGGACCCACCCUUCUGCGAGCUGAAAACGAGACGGGGAACAUGGCGGUGCACAUGGUGUACCAGAACCAGAUCGCCGAGCUCAUGCUGAGCGAGUACAGUAAGAUCUUUGGCUCGGAGGAAGACUGACAGACAAGACGAGUUACUGAGUAUGUUCACAUCUGUCUCGAUGCCUAAUAUUUUUACAUUUCUGUAAACAUAUUUCUGAAAUAUUUUUUUCCUUUCAAGCGACAGAUGCUUCAUUUUGUGAAAACUUAAUGAUGAUUUUGUGUUUAAGUUCCAAACAUUUGAA